UCUUGUUGGGUUUUGGUGCCAGGAUUCACAUAUGAAAUUGUGCGAAAAGAACACCGAGUGUGCAAAGAAGCAGAAGAAUCCACAUACAACUGGGAGAAAAAGCCAUGCUAGACUUAGAAAAGAGAUGGAAAUCAAGAGCAAUCGACAGGUUAGCAAGAUUGAACUUUGGGAUGAAGCUCAUAAACAGAAGGAUGGUAAAUACAAAAAUGCAAAAACGAAGAUAGUGAUGGAGAAACUGGAAGAAAGAAAGAAUGAUAACAAUGGGCGGCUUUCAUUCAGCGAUUAUGGAGAAGUGUUUAAAAGUGUGCAUGGGGAAGACGCAAAAAAGCUUCGAGGGUAUUAUGGUGAUAAGUAUUGGAGCGAAAUAAAAGUUUCUCAAGGACUGACUUUUGUUCAGCAUUUUGAGAAUGAAGGAAAUGUUCAUCUUUCAUUGCGGGCACUAGGAGAUAAUGUAGAAAAUGUGACAGAUGAGUUGGCUAUGGUGCGUUCGUUCCUGAAGCGAAAAUUUCCUGGAGAAGAUUUCAGAAACGAAUUUGUAACCAUGGGAAGUGAUGAAGUUGAUCUCGACGAAAGAGUUGUUGGCAGCGACCUCCCAAAUGAAUCACAUAACGAAAUUGAAGUGCAUGCUCGAUUGAGUGCUAUGCAGUUUCAGGAAUUGCAUCCUAGCAAUUGGGCGAGAGGGAAAGAGUGUUACACCGGUUUAUCGUUACCACAUGAAAAAAUGGUAGCUAAGAAGGCACACAUUGAAAACUUUAAUGGGGCCAAUAAGGGGACUGCAGAAUCAAAUUUACGAGACAAUCAGAUCACUAGCCAAGAUUUGUGUCCUAGUUUUUCUGCCAGAACCAAAGAGGAUUUCACUGGUUUAUCUUUACCACACAUGGUCGCUAAGAAAGCACACAUUGAAAAAAUUGAUAGUGUCAAUCAAGGCUAUGCAAAAUCUACUUUACCGGAGAAGGCUAACCAGGAAUUGCAUCCUAGCAAUUGCGCAAGAACCAAAGAAGGUUGCACAAGUUUAUCUUCACCACAUAAACACACGGUUACUAAGAAAGCACAUGAUGCUCCUGAGCCAAAGAUUGGUCAAGCUGAAAAUAGCAAUGCAGACAUGCAAGGUGCUCUUAAACGAAGUGAACUGCUUCAUCGCGUCACUAAACAGGUCAAAAAACCAAAACUGACCACUCGUACACAUUCUCCAAACAAGCCACCAAACACUGGGUAGCUCAAGAUUUUGAAAAGGAGUGCAUUGCAGGAGUCAGGAGCAAGUAUAGAAGAAUUAGUCUUUAAAAGGAUAAAUAUUAUGUAUUAUAUAAAGAUUUUAGCUUCAUAUGAAAUCUUAGUUCUAGUUUGUACGAUCUCUUCUUGAACAUUUGGAUCUUUGAUAUGAAUAUCUGAUUUGAUUUCGUUGUGAACCUAAUGUGUUUGUUCCUAAUUGGAAUAGUGUGAAUGGGUUGCUUGUUAAUACAAUUGGU